GCCAUUUUGUUUUACGGAAGGAACAGCGCGCCGAAGGACACUUCAUUUCUAGAGCCCUAGCUCUAGUCUUCUUAUCUGUUGAAUUAAAUAUUAUAAAAUAAGCAAUGGCCAGCUCUGAAUUUACAUAUAAACUGACCGACGAGGACAUAAAAAAUCUGAUACGCCUGCGGACCACAAACUCGUUGCUGUUUACCAGGAAAAGAAAUGCAGCCAAGGCAGCUUGGAGUGCAAUAAUUAGGGAGUUGGGUUUGGACGACAAGGUGACAGUUGAGCAGAUUGCCAAGAAAUGGGAAAACCUAAAGCUAAAAUACAAGGAAAUAAAAUAUCCUCCCCCUGGAAUGGAGGCAGUUGCGAGGUCCUCUCAGUGGAGAUGGUUUAAACUCCUGGAUGAAGCUUUAAAGGAUGAAUUCACUCCUGAUGGCAGCUUUCACUCAAUGACCUCAUCAACAGGUGAUGAAGACUGCGGUCCACAGGCCAGCAAGAGAAUAUGUCAGGUGAAAGUAGGAAGUGAUGUGUUAGAACUUUUGGUGGAUGAUGAGAGUAUAACACGAGUCGGAGACACGGGAUCAACUGUGCUUAGCCAGGAGAGGCUGCUGGGAGAGGAGAACUCCACAAUGCUAUCAGGGCUAGACAUCGAACGGGCUAGACUAGGCCAAGAACGCCAGAUUCUCGAGAAGGAGCUUGAAGAGUUGGACAGAGAAAGACUGGUAUUAGAUAGAGAGAAGGAUCUGGCUGAUCGUGAGAAGCUGGCCCUCCAAAGAGACCGGGCACAGUUGGAGAAGGACAGAUCUGCUGUGGACCGAGACCGAGCGUCUCUGGAACAAGACAGAGCCCGGCUGGAGAAGGACAGGGCAGCGUUGGAAAGGGACAAGGCAGCACUUGUGAGAGACAGAGAGACUCUAAAAGCUGAGAACCAAGGGAAAAACUCAGCAGAAUGCAGUCUAGACACUCCACAUGAGAAGAACAGAGAGAAAUUAAUUGUCUUGUUUGAAAGACUAAUUGAAAAGUUUUGAGACUACAGUUCAAGUGUUAUUAGACGUUACAUUUGUUUGAUUGUUUUUUCCAAGGUAGUUUCAAUUAUUUGUAUUUUUGUAAAGUUUAUUUUUCCCCAUAUAAACAGGAAAGAAAGUUUGGAGAAGAACAGAAAAAAAAUAUGGUUUGAAACUGAUUAACAAGUUUCGAGGACAUCUUUUAAAUAAGCAGGAAAGAAACCUAAACUUUUUAGGUUUAAAAUCUGUCAUUUGUAAAUAUUCUAAACCUAUUUUGGGUUAAGGUCCUAAGCAAAAAUCAAGUCUAGUAUUUUACUAUGAAAUAAUAUUCAAACAAAAAAGAUUUACAACUUAAUCCUCUUUGAGGACUGCUUCAUUUGUAAUAUGUCCUACAUGAAUCACUGUCCUGUUUGCAUUGUGUUGAUUCUUCAUUUCAGGGAUACUGGCUUUGUCAGAUUACAUACAUACAUACAUACAUACAUACAUACAUACAUACAUACAUACAUACAUGAAUAUAACUAUUUCUUGCUAGUUUGCUUUUUUUCCCCCCAUACUUUGUUAAAGAAAAAAUACCAAAAGCUUUAUUGUAAAUAUAGAAGAAAAUACAGUGUUUUGAAUAAAUCUGUUGUAUGU